UAUAACAUCUAUAGGCGGGCUUCCCUAUGUGAGAGUUCAGUCUAAAUCUCGCGUAUCGCUUCAGUCUGCGGUUCAAUGUCGAGCCCGCGCUUGCGUCUCGCUGCGACAGAUUAAAAAAAUAAUUUAAAAAAAUCUUUUUCACUUGACCAGAGAUAUUUUCCAUCAAUUUUUGACAUAAUUUUGACUUUUGACGUUUAUAUCAAAAUAGAAAUGGAAGCAAACGGCAUUUCGGAAUGCAACAACGUUGACAGUUCAUUGGGACAUUUUAUUUUGAAAAACAGCACCAAAUAUGAAUUCGACUCGACGGAGUAUGUUGGUGAUGUGAAAGUUAGCGGGAAAUUUAAGAAAUCUCGAAGUUUUGUUGAACUUAGUAACAUGAGUUCUGUACAAAGUUUGAACUUGAUGGAGAGAAGGGUACUGGUUAUUUAUACAGGCGGUACUAUUGGUAUGGUAAAAAAUGCUAAAGGAGUAUUGGUACCGCAAAAAGGUGCUUUCGAAAAUCUGAUUAGGACGUAUCCACAAUUACACGAUAAUGCCUCAUGGAAGCAAAAACUAUCGGAGAAUAAUUACGACACCAGCUUUUUGGUGUUACCAGAUGCUAAGGAUUCUUGUUUAAAAGUGAUGUACAAAAUAAUGGAGUAUGAAGAAUUAUUGGAUUCUUCUAACAUGACUGAGGCGGAAUGGAUACGAAUAGCUCAAGAUAUAAUGAAAAACUACUCAAUGUUCGAUGGGUUCGUAGUACUUCAGGGCACGGACACUUUGUCGUAUACGGCCUCUGCUCUCUCCUUCAUGUUUGAGAACAUUGGCAAAUGCGUGGUACUAACUGGAUCUCAGAUCCCAAUAUUUGAGCCUCGUAGCGAUGGCGCCGACAAUUUCGUGUCAUCUCUCAUGAUUGCAGGAACCUUGCAUAUCCCCGAAGUUACUAUAUUCUUUGGCAGUAAACUCUUUAGGGGAAAUAGAACGCGUAAGAUAUCGGUAAAUAAUUUCUACGCUUUCGACUCCCCGAACUGCCCACCGCUAGUAGAAGUGGGUAUAAAUUUCGUGGUCAACAAGAAGUUGAUCUUCAAGCCAAAUGUUAUCGACAAAUUUCAAUUGCACGCUAAGAUGUCCAAGAAUGUGGGAUUAUUAAGGAUAUUCCCGAGCAUUAAUGCAUCAGUUAUUAAGGCAUUUUGUCAGCCUCCUAUUGAGGGUGUGGUAUUGGAGAGUUAUGGCGCUGGUAAUAUACCAUCGAACAGAAAGGAUGUUCUAGAAGAAAUUAAAGAAGCGGUGAACAGAGGCGUUAUUGUUGUUAAUAUCACGCAGUGCAAUACUGGCGGUGUCUCGUCUCUGUAUGAGACUGGAAGAAUGAUAUCAGAAUGUGGUGUCGUGUCAGGUUACGAUAUGACUCCCGAAGCUGCAUUGACGAAACUGUCCUAUAUUCUGUCGAAAACUGACCUCACGCUACAAAAGAAGACGGAGCUUAUGUCUAGGAAUAUAAGAGGAGAGUUGACAAAUACAUCGACCAUAGCUAUUGAGGACCAUACCUUAAUAGAUGCAAUAGCUAGCAGUCUAAAUAUAACAUGUCCAAGGAAAUUAGUUGAAGUAACAGAGAAGGUGUUUACCGCUCUUCUCUUCUAUGCUAUAGAUCAUAAUGACUUCCGAGGAGUUAAGAAGAUGCUAGAUAUGGGUGCUGAUGUAAACGUGCAAGACUCUGAUGGUAAGAGCGCCUUACAUCAAGCAGUUAUUAAAGGAAACAUUGAAAUUAUUGAAUACCUCCUCAAGAAUGGAGCCAGUGUUCAUAUGAAAACUAGAUGCGGGGAGUCCCCACUCCUGACGGCGGUGAAGCACGACGAGGAGUCGGUGAUCAAACUGCUGCUGCAGUGCGGAGCGCACCUCACCACCGCCGAUUCUAACGUGGUGAUGGCGCUGCUGUCGCUGGCGGCGCGGAGCGGGAUGGCGGGAGCCAAUCUCGGUGGUUGUGAUGAGUUGAAGCAGACGCCGUUGCAUCAGGCGGUACUUUGUAAUCAAGAAGGUGUGGUACAAUAUUUGAUCGGCAACAACGUGAGGACGGAUUCGACAGACGUGUUGGGCUACACCGCGCUCGCUUACGCCGAGAAGUUGGGCCACGAGAAAAUUAAAAGAACUCUAAGCAAUAGAGCAGUACUCUCCGUGUUACAUACAGAAUGAACUUUAGUAAUAAUGUUUUUGUUUGAAAUUGUAUUUAAUAUUUUUUUUAGAAUCUGUUUUAUUGUAAGAA